UGUGUGUGCGCGCACGCAUGCAUGUGUGUGCAUGUGCGUGUGUGUGUUUAAACACUGACGUUUCACAGGCUCUGGGUACCGCCGCAUGGCGGAUGCUUGGCUCGCGCGCGCGCUCGCUCUCUCCACCUGCCUGCUGGCUGCCUGCAGAAAACUAAUGAAUCAUUUCUGGCUGAAUCCAAGCAGAGCCGACACACCAAUGCCCUCGCCCUCUCUCCCUCCCUCCCUCUCUCGUUCUCCCUCUCUCUCACUUCCCCCUCCCCUCUCCCUCCUCCCGCUCCUCCCUCCUGACUCCCUGGCCCCCAGUUUGUAAUCUGACACAGUAGACUGCAGUCGUCCCCGCGUGUGCCUCCCGCCUGCUCGCGUCCUGGCACUGCUGCUUCGAAGGAGAAUGAACUGAAGGAUGCUGUCCAGGGAGAGCAUCGCCUGAGACCCCAUUAUGCAGGCCUUCCCGCAAGGGCCGGGCAUCGCGACAAGGUGAAGGCGGAGUAUGCUCGGCUCAGCCACGCGCUCACCGUAGUGACCAGAGAACGCGAUUUGGCCGUGAAGGAGAAACACCAGCUCCAAGCCAAGCUGGAGAACCUAGAACAGGUCCUAAAGCACAUGCGAGAGGCUGCGGAAAGGCGGCAGCAGCUGGAACUGGAGCAUGAGCAAGCCCUGGCUGUUCUCAACGCCAAACAGCAGGAGAUCGACCUUCUGCAGAAGGCUCAGGUUGAAGCUAAGAAGGAACAUGAAGGCGCCGUGCAGCUGCUAGAGAGCAAGGUGCGAGAGCUGGAGGAGAAAUGCCGGACGCAGAGUGAGCAGUUCAGCCUGCUGUCCCGGGACCUGGAAAAGUUCCGGCAGCACGCGGGCAAGAUCGACCUGCUGGGCGGCAGCUCUGUGGCCUCCUUGGAUGUCCCCACGUCCCCCAGCAAGCCUUUCCCGCCGUACAUGAACGGACUAGCCCCCUCCAUCAGCAAAGGUCAAGAGAGCUCUAUUGGAAGCCGCGCUGCGAUUGGUGAAUAUAUCCGGCCCCUCCCGCUCCCCCGUGACAAGCCGGAGCCUCUGUCUGUCAAGCCCACCUUUCUGUCAAGAUCCAGUAGCCCAAGAUGCAGAUUUGAGCCAGACAUGGAUAAUGAACGGAAUUCCAAUGCCUCCAAGCAGAGAUACUCGGGAAAGGUCCACUUGUGUGUUGCCCGCUACAGCUACAACCCCUUUGAUGGGCCCAAUGAGAACCCGGAAGCUGAGCUGCCCCUCACGGCAGGGAAAUACCUCUACGUCUAUGGAGACAUGGAUGAGGACGGCUUCUACGAAGGCGAACUCCUGGAUGGGCAGAGGGGUCUGGUACCCUCCAACUUUGUGGAUUUUGUCCAGGACAACGAGUCGCGACUGGCAAGUGCACUGGGAAAUGAACAGGAUCAGAAUUUCAUCAACCAUUCCAGCUUCGGCGUGGAGGGGGAGAGCAUCCUUGACCUCCACUCCCCCACUCAGACAGACACCGGCAUAACCGACAAUGGCGCGGGGACGCUGGACAUGAACAUUGAUGACAUUGGAGAAGACAUCGUGCCUUACCCUAGAAAAAUCACCCUUAUCAAACAACUUGCCAAAAGUGUCAUUGUGGGCUGGGAGCCCCCGGCAGUGCCCCCGGGAUGGGGGACGGUGAGCAGCUACAACGUGCUGGUGGACAAGGAGACGCGCCUGAGCCUCACGCUAGGCGGCAGAACUAAGGCCCUCAUCGAGAAGCUCAACAUGGCGGCCUGCACCUACCGCAUCUCCGUGCAGUGCAUGACCAGCAGGGGCAGCUCGGACGAGCUGCAGUGCACGCUGCUGGUGGGCAAGGAUGUGGUGGUGGCCCCUUCCCACCUGCGGGUGGACAACAUCACGCAGAUCUCCGCCCAGCUCUCCUGGCUGCCCACCAACAGCAACUACAGCCAUGUGAUCUUCCUCAACGAGGAGGAGUUUGACAUCGUCAAGGCUGCGCGGUACAAGUACCAGUUCUUUAAUCUCAGACCCAACAUGGCCUACAAGGUGAAGGUUCUGGCCAAACCCCACCAGAUGCCGUGGCAGCUGCCCCUGGAGCAGCGGGAGAAGCAGGAGGCCUUCGUGGAGUUCUCCACGUUGCCUGCAGGUCCUCCGGCUCCCCCACAAGAUGUCACUGUCCAAGCUGGGGCCAGCUCAGCCACCGUGCAGGUCUCCUGGAGGCCGCCCACUCUGACGACCACCGGGCUGUCCAAUGGAGCCAAUGUUACAGGCUAUGGCGUGUAUGCAAAGGGACACAGGGUGGCUGAGGUCAUCUCCCCGACGGCGGACAGCACAGCCGUGGAGCUCGUGCGGCUGCGGAGCCUGGAAGCCAAGGGUGUGACUGUGAGGACCCUCUCUGCGCAGGGCGAGUCCAUAGACUCUGCUGUUGCUGCCAUUCCCGCCGACCUCCUGGUGCCUCCAACCCCUCACCCCAGAACUGCUCCCACACCGAAGCCAUUAGCAAGUGCCGGAGCCCCUGAUACCAAAGAUGAACACCUGGGUCCCCAUGUCAAGGUGGACGAGGCCUGGGAGCAGAGUCGGGUGCCUGCCCCUGCCCACGGGCACAUGCUGGAGCCGCCUGGCCUCCAGGGCCCGGGUCCCGGAAGGCGGUCGCCCUCGCCCAGCCGGAUCCUCCCGCAGCCACAGGGCACCCCGGUUUCCACCUCUGUCGCCAAGGCCAUGGCCCGGGAAGCCGCGCAGAGAGUGGCCGAGAGCAGCAGGUUAGAGAAACGGAGCAUCUUCCUGGAGAGGAGCAGCGGGCAAUACACCAACUCCGACGAGGAGGACGGCUAUGACUCCCCAGACGUCAAGAGGAGGGGCGCCUCGGUGGACGACUUCCUGAAGGGCUCCGAGCUGGGCAAGCCGCCGCACUGUUGCCAUGGAGAUGAGUACCACACGGAGAGCAGCCGCGGGUCUGACCUCUCAGACAUCAUGGAGGAGGACGAGGAGGAACUCUACUCCGAGAUGCAGCUGGAAGACGGGGGCAGGCGGCGGCCCAGUGGCACAUCCCACAAUGCCCUCAAGGAGUGCUAUCAAAAUAGGACCACUGAAGGAGCUUUCUUGGAACAGCCUGAGUUUCCCCAACAGACCCACCACAGUAAGAAACUUUUCAGUAUCCCUGAAGUAGCGGAGGAGGAUGGAGAGCUCUGUGAGUUCUUGCACAAACAGGGCUUAGGGUACUCCUCCAGGGCCAGGACUGUGCUGGCCAGAGAGCCCAGGCCUGCCAGGCCCUGCAGGGGCGACGAGGCCCUGCAGGGUUCCUGGUUCCCUGUGAAACCCAGGAGCCCAGAGGCUGGCCCCCAGGCCGCGGACUUUGUUCUGGAAAACAGAGGCUGUCGGUUCAGCCGCUUUGCCACCAGGAGCCCAGACAGUGGGCUGGACUGUGGGAGCGAAGAAGAAGAGCUGCGGCUUAGUUUCAGAAAUCCUGCUAAGUGCAGCCCGGGCCCUGGGCAGUGUCCCUGCAGGAGGAGCCCGAGGCCCCUGCUGGCCCGGCGGCGGACGCUGACCCGGCAGAGCAGCAUCGAGGAGGACUUUGGGGAGCAGGUGGAGGCCAUCAGGAGCGAUGACGCCCACCCGAGCCCAGAGAGACCCACCCCCAGGAAGUAUGGCUGGGACGAGCCUGCGGGGCACGAAGACUUCCAGGAUGUCUGGCAAAAAAGCAUAAAUGUGCCUGACACUCGGGCAGCCGCCCAGCACGCACAGCCAGCUGCCCGGGCUGCAGAGGGGCCUCUGAUUUUAGGAAACCUGGUGUUGGCGGGACGCGCUACUGAGAGGGCAGAUCACGGGGGCCGGAGGUUUGCCCACGGCGGUGCUGGCCCCCAGAGGUCCCGGCCAGUGAUGGUCCCGUCCAUCGAUGAAUACGGCGGGCGAGACCGUCUCUCUCCAGACUUCUAUGAAGAGUCAGAGACCGACCCUGGUGCCGAGGAGCUGCCAGCCCGGAUCUUUGUGGCUCUUUUCGACUACGACCCACUCACCAUGUCCCCAAAUCCAGAUGCUGCGGAAGAGGAGCUUCCCUUUAAGGAAGGGCAGAUCAUCAAGGUUUAUGGUGAUAAAGAUGCUGAUGGAUUCUACCGUGGGGAAACCUGUGCCCGGCUUGGCCUUAUUCCCUGUAACAUGGUCUCUGAAAUCCAAGCAGACGAUGAGGAGAUGAUGGACCAGCUUCUUAGACAAGGCUUCCUCCCUCUGAACACACCUGUGGAGAAAAUAGAGAGAAACAGAAGAAGUGGCAGGCAGCACUCAGUGUCGACCCGAAGAAUGGUGGCCCUGUAUGACUACGACCCGAGAGAAAGCUCGCCUAACAUUGACGUUGAGGCUGAACUUACAUUUUGCACGGGAGAUAUUAUUACUGUUUUUGGUGAAAUUGAUGAAGAUGGAUUUUAUUAUGGGGAGCUUAAUGGGCAGAAAGGCCUUGUACCUUCAAACUUCCUGGAAGAAGUGCCUGAUGAUGUAGAAGUCUAUCUUUCUGACGCACCGUCCCACUACUCACAAGACACGCCGAUGCGCUCAAAAGCAAAAAGGAAGAAGAGUGUUCAUUUCACACCUUAAUCAGGCAAUGUAGCCUUCACGUAAGUGAGCAACUGAAGAUACCUAUAAAGAUACCAACUUAACUACCUUAGACGGACUAAUGCGGUAGAUUUAAGGCUUCACUGUGGGGUGAAAAGAAAAGAAAAAAAACAAGAAAUAUGUCUCAAAAAGUCAUUGGACCUAAAGUCUCAGUUGUAAAGCAACUGAAUUUGUAGUGAAAUAGAUCAUCUUUCGUAAUCGUUUCCUACUAGUGACAUUAAGACUAUUUGGAAGGCCAACAUUUGGAACAUAUUUCUUCACAGGCUAAUCGUUUGUUUACAUGGAGAGUGUUCCAAUGUCUACUCCCACUGAAAGCUGCAUAUUGCAUUGUUAGCCACUCUUGGAAAAAGCACAAGCUAACAAAUAUGUUUACUAUCGGAAAUUUUACUUUAAGAAAACAUUACUCAAGAUCAAGCCGAUAAGUCAUGAACACAAGGUGAUGUUGGCUAUGAAUACUCCACACGCUGGCUUGAGUACUAGGCGUGUUUUCCUUAAGUAACUGUACCUCUAUCUUAGGAGAGAGCUUACACUUCUCCUCAAAGCACAAAUAAGUGUUCUGAACACACACGUUUGGUGAAAGACUGAUUUGUUGGUAUACCAAUGCAAUACUAAGUUUCAUGAAACAUGCAGCUCAAAUGAUUGCAUCAGAUGGAAUAGAUGGUAUCUUCAGGGGUACUUUGGGAUGCUUUACUAGGUGUUUUCAUUAGAAUUAGACCUUGAUUUUAAAUCCAAGCAAGCUUGAAGCCCCUUGGCUUAUAUCAUUUGCCUGCUGAAUAAUGAACACUCGUAUUAGGAAGAGUUUGCUCUGGUGAGGUAAGGGAGCGAGAGAAGAGAUGAGAUUUUCUAAUCUUAGGCACGUAUCCAACAUGAGCGAGGCAGAUUUGCCAUGCGCCAUCUUGGAAUACAGCGCUGCUCCUGUGAAGCACUGUUGACUAAGCACUGGUACUGAAAUACUACCAUGUGCUAUACUGAGUAAAAUUCUUCUUCAAUUACUUGGAAAUUAUGAAAGCACAUGAUAAGGGCCUUUAAGCUUUCUUUGAUUGUAAUUAAGGUUCAUUUUAGUUUUUUUUCUUUCAACCGGUGUGCCAUCUCCAAUGUCCCUAUAGUAUAUCAACCCACGAAUGCACUCAACAGUAUCAGGAUUUUAUAGACCCAAGGAGUUUUCAAAUACAACAAAAUUUCCUUUAAGAACUUUUGCUUUUAAGAUUAUUGAUGGGUACUCGGCCAAUUUUACUAUCAACCUAAUUUAAAAUAACUUUUUUCCCCUACUUUUGGUCUUGAUUUACAAGGCAAAUUAUUCACUAGCUUUGUUUUGCCAAAGCAAUGGCCGCCCCCUCCCCUGAAGACAAAGACACUGAAAACCAAACAUUGAUGGCUAGACCCUCUGUCUUAGAUAAGCUGUGGGCAAGGGUGUUUGCUUCUCAUGGCAUACUUUAAAACUUGAAAGAAUUGAACCCCUACUUUCCCUUUCCUGGUGGGAGACGGGGCAAUAGGAUGUUACCGAGUGGAUUGAUGUUGUUGGCGCUCACGCACUCAAUAAACUGUCACAAUGUACCUACUAGGUUCCUCCUGAGGGUUCAGGUACAGCAAGGAGAGCGCCAUCCCCCACAGUCCAUCUCCAUUCGGGGUCACCUACGUCAUCUAUGGGUACUGGUAGUCCUGGGAGAGGCAGGGAAAUGUCCUCGAAAAAGAAAAAGGGGCUGCUUUCCAGAGGCAAGAAACUGCUGAAAAAGCUGGGUGCAGUGAAAUGAUUCAUGUGCUUCUGGACAAUUUCCAAAUCUAUGUAAUUUUCUUUAAUUCCAAACUAGGGCUUUCAUGACUCAAGUACUUCCUAAAAAAACCAAUCUUCUCCCCUGACACCAGUAGAGAAAUGCUCUUUGCACUACCAUCCACUUUAAACCAACCGCCAGGACAAAGAGCGGCUGUUACUCUCUCUCCCAGCCUCCGUGCCAAUCUGCUCUUAUUGCCCGAGGUCUGACGGGAGGUGAGGGUAUCUCAUGAACACACAGGGGGCCAGUAGCUCUUGGUAGCUCACUCCCUCCCUGUGAUUCCAGUCUUUGUGCAUUUGUCAUCUGCCCUUAAAGGAAUGAUUUUGACCUCUCUCCCUUUUCAAAAUGCUUGCCUCAUGAUACAUAACUCUCACUUUAACUCUGGUCUUGAAAUUCCUAGUUUAAUCGCCUUGAUGUUCUGCCUUAUAAAUGCACAAUGAUUUGUACUGUUGAAAUAAAAACCGCAGUGUACACUUUGUAUGUGUUGUGCAUUCAGUGCUCUCAUCCUCACAGACACAGGGGUUUGAAAUCAAGUUUUACAGGCUGUGCAUUUUAAGAUACUGGUUUUUCGUCUUUCAAAGCAAGCCAGGCAACACACAGAAAAUGUUUACUUACUCAAAUCUUUCAAAAGAGGGGAGAGAAAGUAACUUUGUUUGGUAAAGUACCACUCCUCCAACCUGCCA